UAAGACUCGCUCAAUUUCUUCCAUCAUCAACCGCCCACCCCACAUGAAUCCCCCUUCCAAAUUAAGUAAACUAUCACAUUUGCACACAAACAUAUUGCAUUGGUUUCUUCUUUUGCUGCUCUUAAACCGAGUAACAAUUAUCACACCACCACAACAGCCACCUUUUGAUUGUUAUUUUCUCAUCCAUGCUAAGACUCAAGGCCGGAUUUUUCCACUCUCCGGCCACCCUUCAAUGUCGUCACAUCAUCCUUACCCUCAGCCACCAGAUAAUUAUUCAUCCCCUCCAGUGGUAAUUUUUUUAACUGUAACUCUUCUUGUGUUUUUCUUCGUGGGAUUUUUUGUCAUAUACUUUUGUAGGUGUUUCAUGGAAAAUAUUUUUAACUCAAUGAAUAAUCGAAGUAGUCCCUCAGGGAAUGUCGUUGGUUCUUCCUUUGUAAAUCAAGGACUUGAUCCUGCACUUGUACAAUCUUUUCCCACAUUUGAAUACUCAACUGUUAAAGAUUUUUGUCCUGAAAAGUAUGGUUUGGAAUGUGCUGUUUGCUUGGCAGAGUUUGAGGAUGACAAUAUGCUGAGGCUUUUAACAGUUUGUUACCAUGCUUUCCAUCAAGAAUGUAUUGAUCUUUGGCUUGGUUCUCAUAAAACCUGCCCGGUUUGCCGUAGGGAUCUUGAUUUACCCAACAUUUCAAUUGAAAAAUCUCCACCGCUUGUGCGUAGCAAUUCCAUGAAUGACAUUAGUAAUGUUUCUUUAGAAGAUGCAGUGAGCAUUGUUAUUAAAGAAGAUGAAGGGGAAGAAUGCAGAGGGGAAAGUGUUGAGCAAGGGGCUCAAAAUAAUACCAUAUUUAAACAGAGUGAAAGAGGUGAAAAAUUUGUGAAGUUUUCAAGGUGCCACACAACAGGACACUCAAUACUUAGAACAAGACAAGAGGAAGAUAGGCAUACGUUGAGAUUGCCAGAUCAUGUGAAGAAAAAACUAUUAAGAAGGCACAAUUGGACAGGAAGUUUUAUUGCAUUUGGCCAUUUCUCACACCCAACACCCACCAGAAAUGGAGGUUUUGGUGAGGUUACAGGGUCUCCUGCUGGAGACAUCAAUAGAGUAUAAGCCUUUUUCCUUUUUCAUUCCAUACAAAUUUAUGCAAGUCAUAGAUGAUAUUAUCUAUUUGUUUGCUUAUCAAUUCUUAGUUAGAUAUGAACGUAGAGCAAAAAUUCAAGUGCAAGACCAGGCUGGUUUGCCAUCACUUGGAACUUUUAGGCCGUACAAAUUGUA